AUGGCUUCCCAACCGCCCCGUCAUGAGCGGGCUUCCAGCGACAGAGCACAAGCAAUGCCAACGUCCGCGGCAGCUUUACAACGUCCGGGUAUGGGUGGCCGUACAGCCUCGGCCCCAUCAGGAGGACUUUACAAACUGGAUUCGGUUCGAAGACAGGGGUCUGCAGCAAAACUUGGUCAGACAUUGGAGGAAGACGAGGUGCCGAGCAAUCACACGCCUAAGCGAUCUCGCUCCCGGCAAGGGCAAGGUGAUGAGGAACCCAAGGCCAGUCUCCCCGAAGUGACUAUUGCUGUUGUGGGAUUGUUCAAUGCUGGCAAGACGAGCUUUAUAAAAUGCGCCUUGGAUAUGAAAAGCACGCCCUCCUCCAUCUUGACCAAGAAGAAGAUGUCAUUGGAUGGGUCCAUCUACACUGUGCGCUUGUUGGAAAUCGAUUUGAAGAAGGUUCAAUUCGAUCAGGAAAAGAACAUUCUCUGGCCACAUCUGGGAAAGGACUCUUCUCCUCCGACCAUUGACGGAGUGUUGGUGCUGCAUGAUGCAACUCAACCGGACAAAUUCGCCGAAACAAUUGAACUCGUAGACUCGCUUGAUGCAUCCCCAUUGCCAUUCCUGUUGGUUGCCUGCAAGUGUGAUCUGCGCCCGGAGGACAGUGACCUGGGUGCUAUCCAUGAGCGACACGAGACCUACCGGACCUCGCCCGAGUCGCCCCGAUCCCAGCAAAUGUGCAUUGCUCUUGUUCUGCGGGCCGUAAUUUCCUUCCGAGCAGACCUCGCUUCGUCUGACCACCCUAAUAAUAAUCCUGCGCCUUCCGUCCCUCCCCCGCCGCGAACAACGACCAAGUCCUUCCAACCCACCCCACCCCUCGAUUGGCACCAUACUCGAGCCAAUUCCGAAACCCCAACCGCCGUGUUAACGGGAGCCGCUGGCGGCUCGAUACCGUCGGUUUCGAACCCAAGUGUCGAUGGGAAUGGUGAUUGUCUGCCCACCGACCUAGCCCCGCGCUCCAAUCUGGCGCAACAGAAUGCUCCAAGUUUUGCACGAAAUGCCCGAAGUAAUUCCCAGCCGGUGCGACCGCAAUCUCCUCCAGAGGCGCGGAUGAAUACCCGCCGACCAUCAGCACAGGGAGAUAUUCCAAACCAAGAAUCACAACCCAGCUUCUCACAACGUAUACAAACUGCCUGGCGGCAUAGUGGAGACCCGGACGCCUUUAAUAGCUUUUUGAAUAUGGAGGACGAGAUGGAUGAAGCCCCAUUGAGUCCGACUAGUGUCGUGCGGCCUAAGCCGAGUAGCGAGAGCAAUUGCAGCGCCGAGGCGGGAUUGUCGUUUGAUGACUUAGUCGACCGUCUCGUCGCCUUGCCCAUGUCAAAACAGGACGGCAAGUUCGUCACCAUUUUUCUCUGCCUCUAUCGCAAAUUCGCUGCUCCCGCAACCCUUCUCAAUGCCUUGAUUGGCCGAUUCGACAAAAACGAAACCAGCAAUGCAGAUCAACUGGCCCGCAUGGCCGAUCAGCUGCGAUUACUGAACGUCAUGGCCCAAUGGGCUUCAGAUUACCCCGGUGACUUUGCUUACCCUAAGACUCGCAAACGGGUCAAUGAAUUUGUCACUACACUCGAAAAGAGUCAUUUUUACAUGUUCGCUGCGAAGGAAAUUGGAUCAUUCCUUGACACGAAUGCCGAUGACGACGACAUCGGCUGGGCAUUCCGAGACGGAGACAUUGAUGACUCCAGCCUCACGGAGACUUUUUUUGAUAACUCUGGUCGGAGCUCGCCAGCACCAUUUCUGACUGGCACAUACGAUGAAGAUGAAGGAGAAGAGGAAGAAGACCCGAUUUAUAGCAUGAGCGCCUUGGAUCUCAGUGAUGGACCGCAUGACUCAACCUCUCGCCUCUCAGGAACCCUUUCCAUCUCAUCUAAUACCGACAAACCAUCCAGUACCCUCAACCAAUCAUUCACUGUUCUGACCUUGGAGGCCGCGCAAAAGGAAGCGCUCCGUCUGGAACUGCACCCUCGACAUCCGCUCACAAAAGUUCAAUGGCGGCAAUUCAUGGAGACACCAGAUGAAGAAUUUGCCCGUCAGCUUACGCGUAUCGAUUGGGUCAUGUACAACUCAUUCCGUCCACGUGAUCUUGUGCGCCAUGUGAGUAUCUCUGGCGUUGACAAGGACAAGAUCAAGAGCUUGGCCAACGUCAACCGGAUGAUCAAACAAUUCAAUCAUCUGGCGUUCUUCGUGGCAAGUAUGAUCAUACUUCGUGACAAACCCAAGCACCGGGCAAGGUGUCUUGAAAAAUUCAUGAAUAUCGCAGUGAAACUCCGUCGUCAAAACAACUAUAACGCUCUCGGUGCUGUGAUUGCCGCCAUCAAUGGCACACCUGUCCAUCGAUUGACACAGACCCGGGAAUUGAUCCCGGUCCAGACGCAAAAAGAAUUCAUGCGGCUCGUUAUCCUUAUGAGCACCCAGCGCAGCCACUUCGCCUACCGGUUAGCGUGGGAGAACUCAUUCUCCGAGAGGAUUCCUUUCUUGCCAUUACACCGCCGCGAUCUGGUCUCUGCAGAAGAAGGAAAUAAGACCUUUGUCGGUGAAAACAAGUCCCGGAUCAACUGGAAGAAGUUUGAGGUCAUGGGUGAGGCCGUCCUUGGUAUUCAGCGAAGCCAAAAGACACCCCAUCCUCAAGCUCAGAAAUUCGAAGAUAUCGAACGACUGAUUCUCGACUGCAAGCUCUCCGGUGAUGAAGAGGAUCUGUAUGCUCGCAGCUUGCAAAUCGAGCCAUCCACUAGCGGCGAGCCCGUACGAAAAAAGUUUGGCUGGCUACCCUACCGCUCUCUUCUCCGCGAAAUCCCCGCGAGAAGCCGCACCCUCAACUCCCCCUCCCCCCUCCACCAACGCCUCCGCCAGCUCUUCCGCUCCCAAGAACAAACACCCUCCACAACCGGAAGUCCCAACCCAGCAACAACACCCAGUUCCGCCACCUCCACAGAAAGCUCCUCCUCAAGUCCGCCCGUUCCAUUCUCACUUCCCACUUCCGCAGAAGAGGCUACUUUGCGCUUCCAGGAAGCUGAGCAGCUGGCUAAGUAUGCUCGCGCGCAGCGGACAUAUGUUGAGUUGCUUGAGAGAUAUAAUCCCGGUAUGGGUAUGGAUGAGGAGGAGAGGGUCAGACUUACGGCUAGAAGAGUUGGACUCGAUGUUCCUUCGUUGUAUGAGGCUGAGGGGAAGGGGAAGGGUGAGUAA